UGUGACAGGUGAGGAAACCCCUCGCUUCUCCUGGGCUGCUAUUAUUCAUAGUUUAUUCUUUAAAGCUUCGGCAGACAGAUAACCGGCGACAUGUCCUCGGCGGAGGUAGUUCUGGGUUUCCUGGAGGAGGCGGAGUCGUGGCGGCUUCGGUCCCCACAGUUCCCCAGUAAAGUCGGAGGGAAGCCGGCGUGGCUCAGCCAGAGAGGCCUGCCUUCCCUGCCCGGGCUGGAGUGUGAGAUAUGUCGGCUGCCUUUGGCUUUCCUGCUGCAGGUGUACGCACCAAUAUCCGGUCAGGACCGAAGCUUCCACCGAACACUCUUUCUGUUCUGCUGCAGAACUCCUGAAUGCUACUCACGCAACGACAGUCGCUGCAUGAAAGUUUUCAGAAGUCAGCUGCCCAGAAGGAAUGAGUUCUACCCCUAUGACCCUCCUGCAGAGGACGAACCGCCCAGCGAUCCUGAGGAGGACCAGAGCGUGCUGUCUGUCUCUGGACUAAAACUGUGUUGGGUGUGUGGUUGUCCCGGCAGCAAAGCCUGCUCACGCUGUCAUACCGUAAACUACUGUGGAAAACACCACCAGACCCUCCACUGGAAACACACCCACAAGAAAGAGUGCUGCAAAGAAGCGCCCACUGCCACGACCUCUCCCCUCCUCUUCCCUGAGUCUGAGCUCAUCACUGAGCCUGAGGAGGAGGAAGAAGAGAAAGACACCAAGGAGUGUGAAGCAGCAGCAGAAGAAGAAGAAGAAGGGGACGGUACUCAGAGGAGUGUAGAUGUUCCUUCCUUAGCAGACACCCUGGAAGAGACAGACCUGGAGGAGAUGGCUAUGCAUGAGACUGAAGACAACAAAACGUUCCAGCAGUUUAAAAAGAAGAUCUCGCCAGAGCCGCACCAGGUGGUGCGCUACAGUCGAGGGGGCUCUCCCCUGUGGGUCUCCUCUCAGCACAUCCCCUCAGAUCAGGAUAUCCCACCGUGCACCUGCGGCGCCAAGAGGACAUUUGAGUUUCAGGUGAUGCCCCAGCUGUUGAACAGUCUGAGCGUGGACUCGACAGGAGCCAGUAUCGACUGGGGGACUCUGGCUGUUUACACGUGCUCGGUCAGCUGUAACCAUGAUGACCAGUACCGCCCCGAGUUCAUCUGGAAGCAGGACUUCAGCUCAGAUCAACACACGCAGAUUAAACACACACAAUAGACCUUUGUGGCUUCUCAUAGCAGGGAAAGUGCAGGUGUAACUGAUAGUAUUAAUGAUGGCUGCAUUCCAUUCAUGUGAGUCAGUUUCAGGGUCCUCGGAUCAUGAAUGCAAGGUGACAGUCGACUUUUGUGCUCUGGUGGGAGUAAUGACGCUGCAGUCGUUAGCUAUACCCAGCUUGUCCUGUAGAGGGUGGCGGGGGGUUGGACUCUCUUGCAGUGACCUCACCCCCCAUUUAAUGGACUGGAUUUGUGCUGCUGCUCAGAAGUACAUAAAGAUCAGAGUGAGACUCAGUGAAUCAUCCAACUCCAGAUGUUCAGUCUGGAUGGUCAUCCACAUUUCUUUAUGAGGCAAAGUUACCAUUCUUUGUAUUGAGGAUGACUUCAUUAAAAGUCCACAUACUCAAAACAAGAAUUCUGGAUAUUAAGAACAAUGUGUUGGUGGUAUUUUCUGACCUACAGCAGAAUUUUUGCAUUUUCAGUGCUAUAUACUGUUGGAGCAGUAGGAUUAUUGGAUCUGAUGUUCAGAAAAACAAAUGACUUUGUGCCUUUUCAUCACAUAAUAAACUUUUUCACAAAUA